GUGAGGGGUGGUGUCUCUUGACCUGAACUUGGCUGACCCUGCGCCGCUUCCCCUCGCUCCUCGGGGCCGCCCUCCUCGGGAGAGUCUGGCUAAAACCCUGUGACCACUGCCUGAAGAUGACCUCCAGGGGCCGUCUCAGUCCCCAGGAGCAGCCUCAAGGGAUGGCAAAGCCCCCAGGAGCUUUGGCUCACAAUGGGGCCAGCCCUCCAGCUCUGAACUCUCAAGGCUUUCUGGAUCAACUCAAGAAGCAAUUCCCCAGGCUUCCAGAACAUUUGCAAGCACAGUUGGAGAACAUGGACCACUUGCUCCAGAAGAUUCUGCAGGAUCUCCAGGAAUAUCAUAAACAGGCAGAAAAUUUCCUCUGGAUCUUGGACACCUGCAGCCAACCCCCAGGUUUCCAGCCCAAGAAGACCAACCAGGACUCCUGCGGGCCGGCCAGCCCCGAGGCUUCCUGGCACCCCAGGAUCAGGACCCUGCAGCCCUCCGGCCUCCGGGAACCACACCGCUGCGAUGUCAUUGCCACGAGGUCGUCCGAAUGGCUCCAGCAGCUCUCCCGAGCAAACGAGGCUGCAACUAACCAGCUGAACACGAAACCCCCCCAGGACUCCGAACCCCAGUUUUGGCAGGAUGUUCUGACUGAGCAGCUCUGGCGGGUUUUUGUCGGGCUCCCUGAUAAAGCAGAUGGGCCAGGACCCAGGAUGACAGAACAGGCGCCAGGCCUGGAAAGCCAAGAGCCGGGACCACACCAGCGGAGGGCAGAGCCUCCUACAGAAGACACCCCGGUGCUCAACCUGCCUUCGCCCUCCCCCAGCACCCCUGAGGGUUCCGGAAACACCGGGAGCACAGGUUCUGGCGGGACAUCAGGGGGGAUGCUCUUCCACACGGCCCAGGAGUCUGCUAGGAGGCCCUGUCAAUUUCUAAAGCCCAUAUGCUGGGACCCCGAAGACUUUGAAGACACAUGGACAAGGCCGGAUGUCUUGCCCUGGCAAUCCAGGAAGCUGGCCGUCCCCCACAGAAUGGAGAAGAUGCGGGUGCUAAAACCCGGGGAGCCCUUGCUUGUCACCACCAUCAGCAGCUUCACCAGGCACGCAUUCACUUGCGGCAGGAGCGGCAUCAAGGUGUGGAGCCUGGUGGGCCAGGUGAUGGAGGACAGGUUUCCGGAGAGCCACCUGAGCAUACAGACCCCCGGUGCCUACCUGCGUACCUGCCUGCUGUCCCCAAACAGCAUGACCCUGCUCGUGGGCGGCAACAGCCUGGCUGGCGUGACCGUGUGGGACCUGAAGGCCCCUUCCCUGCAUGUGAGAGAGAAGCUGCCCUGCGCGGGGCUCGCCUGCCAGGCCCUGGCCUCUAACUUUAAGGACAACCUCGCCUUUGCCGGCUUCGGCAACGGCACCGUCAGGAUCUGGGACCUUCGGGACCAGAAUGUGGUCAGGGAUCUGCCGGGCCUUCAGGAUGGAGCUAAGAACCUGGUUGUCAAAGAGCAGCAAGUCUGGACAGGGGGUCUGGAUGCCUGCCUGCGCUGCUGGGACCUGAGGUCCCCCAGGGAGCCCCAGGAAUACCAGUUUGAUUUUCAGAUAAUGAGCCUAUCCCCCCACCCCUGGGAGGACUUCAUCCUCGUGGGCACAGCCAGCGGCCAGCAGUGGCUGCAGCCCACCCACGGGGGCCAGAAGUACACAGUGGGCUGCAAGGACAGCACCAUCCUGGGUCUCCAGUUCUCCCCACUUGGGCGGUGGUGGGUGAGUGUCGGGAUGGACAACCUGAUCAGCGUCUACAGCAUGCCCACGGGGACCAAGGUGUUCCAGGUCCCCGAGACCUCCAGCAUCGUCUGCUGUGAUGUGUCCCCAAACAACCGCCUGAUCAUCACGGGGUCCCAGAAGGAGGCCGCGGUGUACCAGCUCACGUACUGAGGGACCCCGUGGGCAGGGCUUCCUUUGGUGCCAGCCCAUUGGGCGGGUUGAUCUUCAUCACUAUAAUAAAGCAACUGAAAAAAGUAGGGUGAUGUGGUUCUGCGCCCUGCUCUGCCUUGUGCACCUCAAGACCUGGAAGGACUCCCUUCAGCCAGGGCCCGGGAGCCCUUCUUGUCCACUUCUCUGAGGAUGUGCUGAAAAUCAGUGAAGCCGCCCCCGGAGGGAGG